GAGGGGGUGACGGGUGGAGGGGAGCUUAGUAGGCAGGUCCCUGCGCCGGGCGCCCUCCCUUCCCUUCGGACUCGGGAAGACCGUUGAGCCUUUUUACUGAAGCUUGUUUUAGCUUUGAAUUUUGGGGCGACUUGGUUUUCAACAGCGUGUGACAGCUGUUGGGGGGCGGGGGUCACGACAUUUCCCGUGGGGUGGGGCCUGGGCUGCCCUCCCUCCUCCGUGGCGGUGGCACGCCUGGGGGUGCUGCUGUUGGGAAGGAGAGGUGGGGGGGAGAAGGGCCUGUUCUGGCGCUUUGGGGAAGGGACCACUCCCACUCUGCAUCCCGUUUGAAAUGUGCAAUCUGACUCCUUGGUGGUCUUGGAGGGCUUUAGGGAAUGUGUAUUUGCGGACCCCCCCCCCCAGUGUUCAAACUCCCUGAGAGCUCUGGGGAGAGGUCUCUAGGGGCCCAAAGCUGGGAGUCCUGGCAGCUCUGCCCCCACCGGCAGGGUCAGGAAGGGGCUCCUUCUGGGAAGACCCAAGCCCUCUAGGUGGGUAGAAGGGUUCUCCUCUGUCCCACGCCAGCCACCAUCACUCAGAUCUCUUCCUUGCUCUCUGUCUCCCCGUGUGCCCGUCUCCUCCUCUGCAGGGCCGUCUCUAGGCCUGAGGUGCCUCCUCUGGGCCCCGGAGGAUGAACCAGCCACAGAGGAUGGCGCCCGUGGGCACAGACAAGGAGCUCAGUGACCUCCUGGACUUCAGCAUGAUGUUCCCCCUGCCAGCGGCCCACGGCAAGGGCCGGCCCACCUCCCUGGCCGGCGCCCAGUUUGGAGGCUCAGGGCUGGAGGACCGGCCCAGCUCGGGCUCCUGGGCCACUGGUGACCAGAACAACUCCUCCUUUGACCCCAGCCGGACCUACGGGGAUGGCACGCACUUCAGCGAGCCCCACGGCAGCCUGUCUUCGUCCACAUUCCUGGGCCCCGGGCUUGGAGGCAAGGGCAGCGAGCGGAGUGCGUACACCACCUUCGGGAGAGACGCGGGGGUCGGCGGCUUGAGUCAGGCCAGCUUCCCGCCCAGCGAGCUGGCCCUCGGCAGCCCCGGGCCGCUGUCCCCUUCAGGCCCCAAGGCCGGCGUCCAGUAUUACUCCUACCCCGGCCAUGCUCGGCGCAGAGCCGCGGAAGGCGGACUGGACUCACAGCCCAAGAAGGUCCGGAAGGUGCCGCCGGGUCUCCCGUCCUCGGUGUACCCGUCCAGCUCAGGUGAGGACUACGGCAGGGACAGCACCGCCUACGCACCUGCCAAGGCCCCCAGCAGCGCCUAUCCCCCCCCCUUUUACAUGGCAGAUGGCAGCCUGCACCCCGCGGCCGAGCUCUGGAGCCCCUCCGGCCAGGCGGGCUUUGGGCCGGUGCUGGGCGGGGCCUCCUCGCCCCUGCCCCUCCCACCAGGCGGCGGCAGCUCUGUCGGGGGCAGCGCGGGCUUCGGCAGCCUGCACCAGCACGAGCGCAUGGGCUACCAGCUGCACGGGACGGAGGUGAAUGGCGGGCUCCCGGCUGCGUCCGGCUUCUCCUCGGCCCCCGCGGCCGCCUAUGGCGGCGUCUCCAGUCACACGCCCCCUGUCAGCGGGGCCGACAGUCUCCUGGGCUCCCGCGGGACUACUGCCGGCAGCUCUGGGGAUGCCCUUGGGAAGGCAUUGGCCUCGAUCUACUCCCCGGAUCACUCAAGCAAUAACUUCGCCUCCAGCCCCUCGACCCCCGUGGGCUCCCCCCAGGGUCUCGCAGGGACAUCGCAGUGGCCCCGGCCAGGAGCCCCCGGUGCCUUAUCGCCUAGCUACGAUGGGGGUCUCCACAGCCUGCAGAACAAGAUGGAGGACCGCCUGGACGAGGCCAUCCACGUGCUGCGUAGCCACGCGGUGGGCGCCUCAGCGGACGUACACGGGCUGCUGCCCAGCCACGGGGCUCUGGCUUCGGGCUUUACUGGCCCCGUCAUGCCGCUGGGGGGCCGACACACAGGCCUGGUGGGAGGCGGUCCCUCGGAAGACAGCCUCGCGGGCAGCAGCAGCCUCCUGCACAACCACGUGGCCCUGCCCGGCCAGCCCGGCGCCCUCCCCGAGCUUGCUCGGCCACCAGACUCCUACAGCGGACUCGCGCGCGUCGGGGCGGUCUCGGGCGCCGGCGAGAUCAAACGGGAGGAGAAGGAGGAUGAGGAGAACACGUCGGCGGCCGACAACUCAGAGGAGGAGAAGAAGGAGCUGAAGCCCCCGCGGCCUCGGACCAGCCCGGACGAGGACGAGGACGACCUUCUCCCCCCAGAGCAGAAGGCUGAGCGGGAGAAGGAGCGCCGGGUGGCCAAUAACGCGCGCGAGCGGCUGCGGGUCCGAGACAUCAAUGAGGCUUUUAAGGAGCUGGGGCGCAUGUGUCAGCUGCACCUCAACAGUGAGAAGCCCCAGACCAAACUGCUCAUCCUGCACCAGGCCGUGUCGGUCAUCCUGAACCUGGAGCAGCAGGUGCGAGAGCGUAACCUGAACCCCAAAGCGGCUUGCUUGAAGCGACGAGAAGAGGAGAAGGUGUCGGGCGUGGUCGGAGAUCCCCAGAUGGUGCUUUCGGCCGCUCACCCGGGCCUGGGCGAGGCCCACAACCCCGCGGGACACCUGUGAGGAGGGGCCGCUGCCCGGGGCCAGCGACCCGGCCCGGUCCCCGCCCUGGUCCUCACCGUCCCGACGCCUGGGGGCGCCCCGAUGGAUCCUGAAACCGAGGCCUGGGCCCCAAGGGGCAGUUUUGUUUUGUUUUGUUUGUAAACAAAACCGGGAAGCAAGCGAGAUGAACACUUUGUCCGGAAAGAGGAAAAUAUGCCUUAAGUAGAAAACGCGGGAGAGUCCGAACCUGCUCUUGCGGGAGGGAGAAGCGGGGCGGGCUCGCUCUCCUGCAGCCGUGAAUCGUGCCUACGCCUGACCUGUGUCUUAAGGAAAAUAAAGAACGUUAGUUAGAUUUUUUUUAAUGUCUUAGGAAAUUAGCAGGGAGGAUGCCUUUGGUCUCUUUUUUUUUUUUUUAAGCUUUUUUGCAUAUGUUUUGUAAGCAACAAUUUUGUAUAAAAGUUUCGUGUCUCUUGCUGCUUCUGCUGCUGCUGUUUCUAGACCUGAGCGUGGCAUUUCACGGUCAACCAGGUCAUUAAAAGUCAUAUUGAAAAGA